GGUUAGGGUUAGAUCCAGAUUUGCUGUAAUAAAAUCACCGACAACCGCGUACCAGAACUGUAUAAAAAUGGAGGCAACUUGAUUCUAGGAUUGUUAUGUUCGAGGUUGAUAGCUAGAUAUAUCAUUCCGUUGAUUGCUUUGUAAGAAAAAUUCCAAAUGGGGCCUAUUUGUUGGUAUUCUUUGCUCAUUUUAGGUUUGUUUUUGGAGGGGAUUAACGGUCAACUUAACGGUUGGCUUCAAGCUCAUGCCACCUUCUAUGGUGCCAAUCAAAAUCCUAGCACUCUCGGAGGAGCAUGUGGAUAUGAUAAUACAUUUCAUGCUGGGUUUGGAGUGCACACAACAGCAGUGAGUGGUGCACUUUUUAGAAACGGAGAGGCCUGUGGAGCUUGCUAUCAAGUCAUGUGCGACUUUAAGGCUGACCCCAAGUGGUGUCUCCGACGUGGAGUUGUGACGUUAACCACCACCAAUUUCUGCCCAGCUAACAAUAAUGGAGGAUGGUGUGAUCCUCCUCGCCACCACUUCGACAUGUCCAUGCCUGCUUUUCUUCGCAUCGCCAAACAAGGCAAUGAAGGCAUUGUUCCUGUACUCUACAGAAGGGUGGCAUGCAAGAGAAGAGGAGGAGUUCAUUUCACGUUAAGAGGACAAUCGAAUUUCAGUUUGAUAAUGAUAUCCAAUGUUGGAGGCAGUGGUGAUAUUGAAGCUGCAUGGGUUAGAGGAUCUAGGUCAAGAUCAUGGGUGCCAAUGCGCAGGAACUGGGGUGCAAAUUGGCAAAGCAAUGUUGACCUUCGAAGCCAAACGUUGUCGUUUAAGCUCACUUUGGUUGAUGGAAAAACACUUGAAUUCUUCAAUGUUGUGCCUUCAACAUGGAGGUUUGGACAGACAUUUUCUUCACAAAAUCAAUUCUCUUAGAAGAAUAAACUUGCAUGUCCUAGAACAGCCAUUUUUUGCACUGUUACAGGACAUGUAUAGUUAAUAUUAAUUAAAUAUUUGUAUUCAGUUAAUAUUUUUUUAAAAAAAGAUUACACAUAUGCAUACAACUCCAAAAAAAUAGGAGUUUAAUUAUGCCGUCUUUGUAUUUUGAUUGAAUGUUAUCAAUAAAGGAAAUA